AAGAAACCCAAGCGGACUCGCGCAGCACUGAACCUGAGAUUAGGACUCUGCCUUCACAACUUCAGCCCAAACCAAGAAUAGGACCCUUAACCACUGUGCUACCCACACGCCUCUAUCUUUAAAAAACCUUCCUUGUCCUGCAGCAACUUUCCAUUUGCUGGAUGGGAUGCUUCCAGAUUCAUGAAUUGUUCAGUAAAGCCAGUUUGAUCUUUUACAUUACUCAAUUGAGUUUUUGUUUUUACUAUCUUUUAAUGGGGGCUAUAGUAUAGUUUCUUAAAACCCUUUCAAAGUAAGGCUGGGCAAAGUAAGUAAAAUGGAUAACUGUUCUGACAGAUUAACAAAAACAACUAGCAGGAUUUUAACGGUACCAUAUCUGGUUUCUCCUCUUAUUCUAGCCCUAUUUUGCUGCCCUUUUAUGGGGUGCCUGCCUACCUUCAGGAUUUUUAAAUGUACCUAAAAUUUUAUAGAGAAAAUAUAGGCUCCUCGCCUUGACAUGAGGUUUCUCGUGAUUGGGCGCUUGGUCACCUCCAUGUUCCAUUUUUGCUAAUCCGCAGGAAAACUAACAGUAAAUCGGAGACCGAAAACCAAUAAAAAACCAGCACACCCAGCACAGCAGUGCUGAGAAGGAAGCAACCGGCUAUUAAGCCUACGGUAGCGAAGGAGGGCCAGCUAUCGAAUAAGUAGGGGCCACCUAGACCCAGACUAAGUGGAAAUGGGUCCCAGACAGAGAGAACGACUCUGGGGGAAGUUAGAAAGCGGGGAGAGACUGCACGUGAAUGAAGCGAGGCUCGCGGGGUUGAGGCCUGGAUUAAGCUCUUGGCGCGAGGUUCAAGCUCGGCUGGAGACGCCACAUCUGAUUGGGCCACACCUCCGUGCCCUCUCCGGUCCCGAGGCCGGCCUCGGGCAGACGUGGAAGGAGGGAGGCGCGAGACGGGAGGCCGGCCGCCCGGAGCGGGGAGCGUGCGUGACCCUGCGGCGCGUCACGUGCGACGCCGGCGGCCAUGGCGGGAAGCGAGCCACGCAGCGGAGGCAGCUCCCCUCAGCCACACCACAGCGACUGGAGCCGUCUAGAGGCCGCCAUCCUCAGCGGCUGGAGGAACUUCUGGCAGUCGGUGGGCAAGGAGAGGGCAGCGCCGAGAGCCUCUCAAGAGGAGGCGGAUGAGGAGGCCAGUACCCUGACGCGGCUGCCGAUUGAUGUACAGCUAUAUAUUUUGUCAUUUCUUUCACCUCAUGAUCUGUGUCAAUUGGGAAGUACAAGCCAUUAUUGGAAUGAAACUGUACGAGAUCCAAUUCUGUGGAGAUAUUUUCUUCUGCGGGAUCUUCCUUCCUGGUCUUCUGUUGACUGGAAGUCUCUUCCAGAUCUAGAAAUCUUAAAAAAGCCUAUAUCUGAGGUCACUGAUGGUGCAUUUUUUGACUACAUGGCAGUCUAUAAAAUGUGCUGUCCAUAUACAAGAAGAUCCUUGAAAUCUAGUCGUCCUAUGUAUGGAGCUGUCACAUCAUUUUUACACUCACUGAUCAUUCAGAAUGAACCACGAUUUGCUAUGUUUGGACCAGGUUUGGAAGAACUGAAUACAUCUUUGGUGUUGAGCUUGAUGUCUUCUGAGGAACUUUGCCCAACAGCUGGUUUGCCUCAGAGGCAGAUUGAUGGUAUUGGAUCUGGAGUCAGUUUUCAGUUGAGCAACCAACAUAAAUUCAACAUCCUGAUACUAUAUUCAACUACUAGAAAGGAAAGAGAUCGAGCAAGAGAAGAGCAUACAAGUGCAGUUAACAAGAUGUUCAGUGUACAGAAUGAAGGAGAUGAUCAACAAGGAAGCCGGUAUAGUGUAAUUCCACAAAUUCAGAAGGUGUGUGAAGUUGUUGAUGGAUUCAUCUAUGUUGCAAAUGCUGAAGCUCAUAAAAGACAUGAAUGGCAAGAUGAAUUUUCUCGUAUUAUGGCAAUGACAGAUCCAGCUUUUGGAUCUUCAGGAAGACCUAUGCUGGUUUUAUCUUGUAUUUCUCAAGCAAAUGUAAAAAGAAUGCCCUGUUUUUAUUUGGCUCAUGAGCUGCAUCUAAAUCAUCUAAACCACCCAUGGAUGGUCCAGGAUACAGAGGCUGAAACUCUAACUGGUUUUUUGAAUGGCAUUCAGUGGAUUCUGGAAGAAGUAGAAUCUAAGCAUGCAAGAUGAGCCUUCUUUUAGACCUUGGGAACUGAAACCACUUGAAAUUUGUUACUAAGGUCAUGAUGUGGAUAUUUGCUCAGCUAAUUUUGUCCUGCCUUUUUGCAGGUUGGCUUUAUAUUGGGACAGCUAUAACUGCUGUGUUUUUUACAUAACUUUUAUUUUUUACCUUAAAUCAAUUACAAGAGAAAAGUUUCAGUGCUAGCAUUUAGCCCCUUAAUGAAACUUUUAAGACUUUUUUUUAUGACGUUUAUAUUUUCUUUUUUAAAAUAUUAAAUUCUGUGAAGAACAAGUUUGUACUUCUCUCAUUCUUUGUGAUUUCUAGUUUCAGUUCAAAGGUUGCCCUGGUGGAGAAUAGCAAAUUUGCUAAGCUUUCUAUAGGUUCUUCUCAAGGGUCCCUAACUGGUUAUCAAAAAGAAGUUUUUAUCUAUUUUAAAUAAAUAUACUGCUUAAAGAC